CUUCCUUGUUUGGUCUGCAUGUUACCUGUUGUCAGUGUAGACUCACCUGCAGCCUUGCCAGGUGGGAAGAUGAGAAAGGGAAACCAGACACAACUCUAGGACAAAAGGUGGAGUUGAAAUAAGAUGUGCAGAAAGCUCUGACUAAAGGUGUGGCGAGAGCAAAGAAAGAACAAAAGACACUGGCAACCUCAACACAUUCCAUCAUGUCUUUGUCCAAGCCGGAGGAGCAACUUGCUUAUGAGCUGAGUUGUCCCAUCUGUCUUCAGCUCUACUCUGAUCCAGUGGUUCUCCCCUGUGGACACAACUACUGUAGAGCCUGUAUCUGCAAGACUGUUGACACCGCAGACAAGAGUGGGAAAACGCUUCAGCGUUGCCCAGAGUGUCGUGAGGAAUACCAAGGUGUGUACUCUCUGCAGAAAAACUUCAAACUCUGCAGCAUCAUCGAGGGUUACCUGGCCACCACACCACAUCUGGACAGACCACAUCUGGACAGGCAGCCUGACACUAAGCCUGAGAGGAUGGAGGUUUUCUGCGACCACUGUAUAGAUGAACCGUCACUGGCUGUGAAGACCUGCCUGAAGUGUGAGGUGUCACUGUGCUCCAGGCACCUUCAGAGACACCAUGAAAAGGAAUCAUUCAAAGCACACUCUGUGGUGGAACCUCUGAACGACGUAGGGAUAAAGGGAUGUGCUAUCCACCAGCGCCCGCUUGAGUACUUUUGUUCCAAUGACAUGACCUCGCUGUGCAGCACAUGCUUCAUAGAAGGCCAUCACCAGAACCAUGACGUUCUCACCUUCAGUGUAGCCGAAGAAGAGAUGAGGCGGGCACUGGAGAACCGCAACAAGGUUGUCUCCUGCAGGCUGCAGAUGACUGAGAGUCUCCUACAGAAGAUAGCAGAGGAGCAGGGAGCUUCUGAAGCUAUAGGAGACAAACUGAUCAACAAGGCUGUCACACUCAUGGACAGCAUGGCUGCACUAGUGGACAGGUACAGGGAGCGUCUGCUUGUGCUUAUGGAAGAAGAGAGAGUCCAGCGGAGGAAGAGCUGGCAGCUUGGACUGAGUACACUGGAAGAGCAACAGCAGCAGCUGCUGGAGGCCCAGCGAAAUGCCACACAGGCUCUCAGUGAAACUGACACAUGCAUCUUCAUACACAGGUUCAUGAUGAUUGAACAUAAACUGCGAGAAGCUGUUGAAGGCACCAUUCCUUCCAAGAUCCCCUCAAAGGCACCGCUCAAUACCAGGCAUCUCCAGACAGGCCUCAGAACCCAAGACUUCCGCUCAGAAAUGACCCGCCUCCUGGAGUCUCUUCAUAUCCUCCUCAACCCUCUGGACCUCACCUUCAACAUCUGUACUGCCCACCCCAGCUUGGUAGUGUCCAGUGAUCUGCGCACCGUCAAGUACAGCUCCACCAAGCAGCCAUAUGUGGAGCACCCAGAGCGUUUUACAAGUGCGCCUCAGAUUCUGUGCACCCAGGGUUUCUCAGGUGGCGAGCAUGUAUGGGUGGUAGAGGUGGGGCCCAACAGCAUGUGGUCAGUAGGUGUGUGUUACAAGACCAUCCCCCGCCGUGGUGACCACAGUCGUCUGGGUCACAACUCUGUGUCCUGGCGUCUGCAGUGGAAAAAUGGCAAGCUGACAGUGUGCCAGUCCUCCUGUAAUGUGGCUCUGGGAGAAAUGAUCAGUCAUCCACUGAGGAUUGAGGUAGCACUGGACUAUGAGGGGGGGAUGUUAACAUUCCACAGCACCAAAGGGCGCAGGGAGCACCUCCAUACUUUCAGGGCUGUGUUUAGGGAGCCAGUUUACCCAGCGUUCAGUAUUCAUUCAAACACACCAGAGUCCUGGAUCACACUGCACAGUGGGAUCUGAACACAACUGUUAUUUUUUUAAUACUUCUCAAGCAUCUAAUUCAUAAGAUUGUUCUUUGUACUUUUCAUUUAGUGCUCUCUUUCAAAAGUCUGCCAAAAUGGUGCAUUUGUGUCUGAAUUUGUGUCCGGUCUCACAAUUUAGAACUUUGGGUAUCACAAAUAAAUGCUCGACCAUGCCAUGCGCCAUCUUACAAUGCCAUGCUGUUCUACAAAUGUGUUUAUUUACUAUCCUACAUGACUGUAUCAUGGAAAUGAUUAAUCACAUGAGAUAAUUUGUUUACAAAAACUGAAUUUGUUAUGCAUGAUCUGCGUGAUUUUUGUGGGGUAUAUAGCUCAGUUCAGGUGUUCCAUGAUUCAGUCAGCUUUUUGGGAUUUUCUUUGGUCAGUUCGUCCAUCAUUAACAUUUGACAUGUUUCCAUUUCAUCUGUUUAAAGUUAAGUGGAUGUCGCUUGAAUGUUGUGCGUUUGCCUUGCAUUUUCUUUAUGUACAGUAUACUGAUAAGCACGAACCUCACAACGAACACAGGCUGAAUAUGAGACAUGCUUGUGUUUAUGCUACAAAUAAACUCUGACGGUAAUA